AUGGGCCAUUUAAUGAUUUUAGCUACCUGCUCUCUUAAUCAAUGGGCUUUGGAUUUUGAAGGCAAUUUAGAACGUAUUUUAGAAAGUAUUCGCGUCGCAAAGCAAAGAGGCGCGACACUUCGCGUCGGUCCGGAACUUGAAAUAACUGGAUACGGGUGUUUUGAUCAUUUUCUUGAAGGUUUAUCAUUUUAUCUAAAUCUUUGUCAGCUAAAUAAUUUACUAAUUCACAUUGACAAUUUGAUAAUGAAUGUGUUCCGAACGAAUCAUAUAGGAGAUACAUAUUUACAUUCUUGGGAAAUGUUAGGCAAAAUAUUACAGUUUGAAGAAGCUAAAGACAUGCUACUUGAUAUUGGGAUGCCAGUGUCUCACAAAAAUGUUAAAUACAAUUGUCGUGUUAUCAUUCAUAAUUGUAAAAUAUUAUUGAUCCGUCCUAAAAUGUUUUUAGCUAACGAUGGCAACUAUCGUGAAAUGAGAUAUUUUACCGCUUGGUCUCCAGCCCAACACGUUGAAGAUUAUUAUCUUCCAAGGAUUAUUAGGAAUAUUACAGGGCAAACUGUAGUUCCCAUUGGCGACGCGGUAGUUUCUACUAUUGACACUUGUGUUGGUGUGGAAUUAUGCGAAGAACUUUUUACACCUAAUAGUCCUCAUAUUAGUAUGGGCUUGGAUGGUGUAGAAAUUAUCACAAAUAGCAGUGGUAGUCAUCAUGAAUUACGCAAACUUUAUAGACGUAUUGAUUUAAUCAAGGAAGCAACGUUGAAGAAUGGAGGCGUUUAUCUCUAUUCUAAUCAACAGGGUUGUGAUGGCGAUCGUCUUUAUUAUGACGGCUGUGCGUUGAUUGCAGUAAAUGGCCAAAUAAUUGCCCAAGGGUCACAAUUUUCCCUUAAGGAUGUGGAAGUUAUCACUGCGACCAUCGACAUAGAAGAUGUUCGCUCAUACCGCGGAAUGAGCAGUAGGGGGAUGCAGGCUGUUAACACAGAUUCAUAUCAACGCAUUGAGGCGCCUAUUACUUUGUCUUCUGAAAAAAUAAAUCGUAAGCCACAUUUUUCUCCUACGAAGCCUAUUCAAGUGCAUUAUCAUAAGCCGGAACAAGAGAUUGCUUACGGACCAGCUUGUUGGCUUUGGGAUUAUCUCCGUCGAUCAAAAACUAGCGGUUAUUUUUUACCUCUUAGUGGAGGAGUAGACAGUUGCGCCACAGCAAUUAUUGUAUAUUCCAUGUGUCGUCUUGUUGUUGAAGCCGCAUCGAAUGGGGAUAAUCAUGUCAUUGUGGAUGCGAGAAGGAUUAUUGGUGAAAAAGAAGGCUCAGAUUAUGUUCCCACAGACCCUAAAGAAUUCGCAAGUCGUGUUUUUCACACAUGCUAUAUGGGCACAGUAAAUUCAAGUAAGGAAACUCGUGAACGAGCAAAAAAGCUUGCCAAUGCUAUAAGCUGUUAUCAUAUUGAUAUGGAUAUGGACAAUAUUGUUUCAUCCGUAUUUACUCUAUUUAAUUUGGUUACAAAUAAGACACCACGAUUUCGAAUCGAUGGUGGUACGGAUGCAGAGAAUUUGGCACUUCAAAAUGUGCAGGCUCGAUUGAGAAUGGUUCUUUCGUAUUUGUUUGCACAACUUUUACCCUGGGUGAGAAACAAGAGUGGAUCAUUACUUGUUCUUGGUAGUUCUAAUGUUGAUGAAUGCGCGGAUAUAAAUCCAAUUGGUGCUAUAAGCAAAAAUGAUUUGCGUAAAUUUAUCGAUUAUGCAAAAAACGAAUUCGGCAUUCCGAUUCUGGAUGAGUUUCUUAAAGCAACACCAACAGCAGAACUUGAACCAAUCACUCAUGAAUAUAUUCAAGCUGAUGAGGUUGAUAUGGGUAUGACAUAUGAUGAGUUGUCGAUUUUUGGUAAAUUGCGCAAGAUUGAACAUUGUGGGCCAUUUUCAAUGUUUUCGAAACUUGUUCAUGAAUGGGGAACAGAACUGAGGCCGACUGAGACAUCAUUUAUUGAAAAGGUUGCUGCCAAAGUCAAACGAUUCUUCUACUAUUAUUCUAUAAAUCGACAUAAAAUGACUACACUUACGCCAUCAUAUCACGCAGAAGCGUAUAGUCCUGAUGAUAAUAGAUUUGACUUAAGGCCGUUUUUAUACAAUACGGCUUGGAGUUGGCAAUUUAAAAAGAUUGAUGCACUCUCUAACGAAAUGGAAGAAUGA